UCGCUCCAGCACUCAUAGCACACAAGAGGGCUACAAUAUACAGUUUUUUUCUUGUCAGUUUUUAGUAUUCACGUCGUUACACACCAAAAAAACAAAUAUAGCAUUUAAAAUGCUUUCGGGAGUGGAUGGCUUCUCUGAAGAGACUGCACUGUGUCUGUAAACGGCAGCUGUGCCACCCGAAUGAGAGCGUCAGAAGAGCUGCACUGGCAGCGUCUGGAAUAAAUAAGGCAUCCUUUUCCCCCUCUGUCCACCCUCUCCCUUCCCUUUCUCUUGGGGCUGCAAAUAAGCAGGGACUGUGUAGAACCUUAAGAAGUCCUCCCCCUUCCACUCUUCCCCACCACUGCUAUCAAUUCUGACUUCCAUGCCAACGCAGACGCUGCUGUUUAUGUUGUUGAAAGGUGCCGGCACGAUGCUCAGAUGAUCCAUUGGGCCAUUACGAACCACAUCGUCCACAAAACCUUUGACGGGGAAGAUUAACUAGUGCAAGUGUGAGGGAACCCUUGGAGGGUGCUGUGAGCACCCAGUAAGGCCCUGCCGAGCCUGGCAGAAAGCUUGACUUGCCCCCUCACUUCUCCAGCCACUGAAAUGCCCUCUCCUCCCAAUGAUGGAGAGGAUCAAGGAGCGUCCCCCAUGAACAGGCCAUCUGUGGGCUCCUACCAGAGCAGUGGGAAGAGGAAGGUGCACACCAAAAAGAAGAAAGGCACCAUCACCGCCAAUGUCGCCGGCACCAAAUAUGAGAUUGUUCGUAUAGUCAUCAACGAGAUGGACUUCAUCAAGGCCCGGGAUGACGAUGAGACUGCCAACCUCAUCUGGAAUGACUCAGCCGUGCAGCAUGAGAAAAUUGCUGAGCUCAGGAAUUAUCAGAGAAUUAACCAUUUCCCUGGUAUGGGCGAAAUCUGCCGGAAAGACUGCCUAGCAAGAAACAUGUCCAAAAUGAUCAAGUGCCAGCCUCAAGAGUACAGCUUCAUACCCAAAACCUGGAUCUUCCCAGCCGAGUACACUCAGUUCCAGAACUACGUUAAAGAGCUGAGGAGGAAACGCAAGCAGAAGACCUUUAUUGUCAAACCUGCCAACGGAGCCAUGGGUCAUGGGAUCUCGCUUAUCCGUAACUGUGAGAAGCUGCCAGCCCAGGAGCACUUUAUUGUUCAGGAGUACCUGGACAAGCCCUUUCUCAUGGAGGGCUACAAGUUCGACCUACGCAUCUACAUCCUCGUCACGUCCUGUGACCCGCUUCGCAUCUUCCUCUACAACGACGGCCUCGUUCGCAUGGGCACAGAGAAGUACCAUGCACCCAGUGAGGCUAACCUGAGCCAGCUCUACAUGCAUCUGACCAACUAUUCGGUCAACAAACACAACGAAAACUUUGAGCGAGAUGAGACAGUGGACAAAGGCAGUAAGAGGUCCAUCAGCUGGUUCACAGAGUUCCUCCGCACCAAUGACUACGACGUAGCCAAGUUCUGGGGAGACGUCUCUGAGCUGGUGGUGAAAACGCUAAUUGUGGCCGAGCCCCAUGUGCUGCACGCCUACCGCAUGUGUCGCCCUGGCCAGCCACCAGGGAGCGACAGUGUCUGCUUUGAGGUCCUUGGCUUUGACAUCAUUCUGGACCGCAAACUCAAACCUUGGCUAUUGGAGAUCAAUCGAGCUCCUAGCUUUGGGACCGAUCAGAAGAUUGACUACGAUGUGAAGAAAGGGGUACUGCUCAAUGCUCUCAAACUUCUCAACAUCAGGGCCAGUGAUAAGAAACGCAACCUGGCACAGCAAAAAGCAGAAGCUCAAAGACGUCUCUAUGGACAUGGCUCAAUGAAGAAACUCUCGGCUGCUUCCUCGGACUGGGAGAAACAACGUCACACGCUGGAACGAAGAAGAGAGGAGCUGAAAGAGCGACUGGCUCAGGUUCGCAAGCAGAUUUCCAGGGAGGAGCAUGAAAAGCAGCAUUUGGGGAACUACAGACGUAUUUACCCCCCAGACGACAAGCUGCUGUUGGAAAAGUAUGAAAGCCUGCUCUCGGCCGCCUUUCAGACCUUCCUCGCUGGGCGAGCUGCCUCACUUCAAAAGGAAAUGAAUAAUCCUCUGAAACGAAUGAAGGAGGAGGAUAUUUUGGAUCUGCUGGAGCAAUGUGAAUUGGACGAUGAGAAGCUGAUGGGCAAGUCCUCCAGGCAACGAGGUCCUAAGCCUUUAACUGCAAUGCCAGAAUGCAGCCAGACACCAAGACGUCAACGACCAGAUUACCUGGCCGACUUCACCAGCGGCAGCAGUGCCGACAAUUCCUGCUCCUCUUCAGAUGAAGAGGAGGAGGAGGAAGGGAGGAAAGCAGGAGGAGGAGGAAGAAGCGGAGAGAAGAGAGGGGAGAAGAAAGUGUCCUAUGACCUUGGGGAUAUCAAGGACAAGAACUUGGCUGAACGCUCAGGUCGCAUUCACUGGAAACCUAUCAAGUCUCUCAAAACCAGCACUGCCCCCUCUGCAUCACCGACACUUUCUGGGCCAAUCAGGCGCUCCAUCUCCUGCCCUCGCUCCAUUUCCUCACUCUCAUCACCCAGUGAAGUGCGGGCGUUAUCCACCAGGCCUUCUCCUACAGUUCCCAUAGCUACACCCCUUGUCAGACCAAGCUCUGCCACGCUUAGAUCUCAUUCGCUGAGCCGCAGUGGCUCCACCCACCGUGUACCUCACAGCAACAGCCUGGGGACCAUCCACUCCAAUAUAGGUGAUCCACUAAUAAACCUGAGAAGUAAAGAACAGGAAGCAGAGCUGGUUUGUCAGACCCUCGCAGUGCUAACUGCAAUGAGGAUCAGAUUUCCAGGAAAAUCUGAAGAAGAGGCAGAGGCUGUACUUGAUGAGAUCCUCGAUAAUUGGAAAUACCAUAAACCAAAGGUGGCCUCCUAUUGGCUUGUUAAGUUGGAUUCAACAAAACAACGGAAGGUGUUGGACAUCGUACGUACCAAUGUGCGAUCGGCGCUGCAGCGUAUCUGGAGGGAGCCAGAUGUAGACACCCUUCAUCUCUACCGCCUUUUUAACCGCGUCUUCAACAGACUUCUCUGGAGUCAUGGCCAGGGCCUGUGGAACUGCUUCUCCAAUACUGGUUCAACAUGGGAAACCAUCUUCAGCAAGAGCAGUGAGGUGGUGUCACCCCAGGAGCUGCAGUGCUGCCGCCGGCUGGUCCAGCUGUGCCGAGACUGUCUGUUGGUCGUCUACAAGUUUGUCUCAGAGUCCCGUGGCUCCUUGACCGGACUCAGCCCUGAAUGGGAUGACACCAGCUUACCAUUUGCUGCUGGACCAACCUCUACCCAUGGCUCCACUCCCGCCGCUGUCGCUGCUGCUUCUUCCUCCUCCUCCUCCGUUUCUUCGCCCCUCGACACAGGUCUCAGCUUGGUUUAGUUCUGCUAAACCCCCCAUCUUCCAGCACCGUCCCUAUUCACUGCUUUCUGCUGCUCCCGCCGCCUCACAGCUAUAACGAAGCUUGAUCCCACCUGCCCUAAAGAUGGUUGCUUUGGCUGCACAGCCAACAGUCUAACAUGAUAUCCUGUCCUUUCCCUUACUAAAAUCCAAGUAAGCAAGGUUUGGAUUGAGUGAUAAAGCACGAGAAUGGGAUGUUUUUAAAAUUAUAGCUCAAAAUUAUAAAGAAUGUAUUUGAAGUAAAAGAGAUAGGAGAAGGAAGCAUAUUCAGACUGUUUGGAGCUCUGGUGGUCAACAACCAUUUGGCCAGCUUGCAGUGCAUCCAGCCAAUCACUCUGCUGCCACAUUCUAAACUAUUCACUCAAGUCUUUUAUCUAGAGCAUCUCGCCCUGAGUGCAUUUUCACAAGCGACCUCAGUGAGAAUUGAGCACCUCACCUGCACGACAUCAGUGUCAUGAUCAGUCUAAGCACCACUCUCUUCUUGUCACAAGAAGACAGAAAAUGGCUCGGCUUACAUUGUGUGGUUCGCAACACAAGUGGCACACAUCUCUCCAUCAGGCAUGCAGGGGACAGUCGCAACUUGAGAUAGCUGAGGAGCAAUUAGGAUUAUUUUGUCAUUGAUGCAUAAGCCUUAUAUGAGAGGGUAAAUUGUGCGUGUAUGAGUGUGCAUGCAUGCACGUCAUUUGACUGUUACACAACGAUCCCCUGACCCUCUUCAGCUAACCCUCAAACUCUAUUUUCUGCUGCUAGCCAAUGUCUAAGUAAAUUUAAAGGACAAAAAUCUGUAGGAAAGUGUAUGAAAAACUACACACUUGGGUUGUCUAAUAAAGAAUACUGAAUCCACAUACUAGUCUUACCUGGACUUUAUAAUUACAUAAAUAUAUAAAUGUAUAUAAACAGAAACCCAGUCAAUUACAUAAAAAUUGCACCAGUGAGACACAAGUAAUAAUUACUGAAACUUCUAAUGUACAUAUGAGCAUGAGUGAGUAUAGCUUCAUUUCAAUGUAAUAAAAUUUUAAUUCAUUUUAAGAAAAUAACUCAGAUACAGUUAAGAACACAUCCAUUAUUGUUAUUUGUAUACUAUGUAAGACAUUUCUAAAUAGACAAAUAUUUUUUUGCAGAUAAUGAUGCAGACAUGGCAAAAGUAGUUUUCUCCAUUCUGCUUUAUCACUUAAGUAAUACUCACAAGAAGCAAGAACAAAUUACUGUAGAGUCACACAGGGGAUCAUACUGAAAACUAGUUUGAUUACAGUUUAACUACUUGAACUAUUCACAUAUUGUAGUUAGAUAACAGAAAUCUUUAAAUUGACCCACACUGUGCAUGCACACACAUACACAUUACAAAGCUCAGCAGACUAGCACACAUAUUAGCUGGGGUCUCCAUUGUUAACCACACCUGCCUCCUCCUGUUCAAGCAUACUUCCUGUGUGAAAAGCCUCAUUCAUAUGUGUCAAGAGCCUCGUGUGCUGUAGAAAAGUCCUUCAGCCUGUGUGGGCAGAUGAGGAGAAGUAUCCAAAUAGCCCCACUAACGACUUUCUUGUUAAGUCUGGAAUUACUGUCACAAUUUCCCAAUGAUGACAUAAAAUUCCGAUUCUAUUAACUUUCAUUUGUCUGAAAAGUGUGGCAGUAAUUAGGGUUAAUUGGGGUGUUGAGCUGAAUGUUGGUUGCAAAUAACCUUCAAUCCUCUUUCUACUUCUUGGUGUAUGAUUGCGUCAGCUUUCACGGCAGUCUCAUUCUCCAUCCUUAGUCAUGGUUUUUGUCUGGCCUCCUCUUAAUUCACAGUGGCAGUUGUAUCUCAGUGGAGGACUUAAGGUUUGUGUGGAAAACCUGUCGGGGGAACAGAAGUAGAUUGUAGCUUUGUAUGUAUGGAUUGGAGCACAGAGUAUCUGUCUGUCUCCCUAUCAAUUGAUGGAUUGAAGUAAAGCACAUAUGCGUAAAGAAGCCUCCCCCUGGCUUUCAGGCAUGCACGUUGUUGCCAAGACCUUCUUCAUGAUCAAAAGGAGAACGGACCUGGAAGAUGCCGAAUGAGGGUCCAAUUAAAUAUUGCCUGCAGAGACAGAAGCCGCCUGGACGUAAGAAGCCUCCCAUCCCACCCCUUGCCACUACCACCACAGCGAUUCUUUUUAUGUGCUGAAUAUUCUCAAAGUGAAUAACAGAGGAGCUCUGAAGAACAUACACUUGGCCCCCAAUGAAUGUUCAAUAUUUGAUUAUUAUUUAUUUAUUUUAUUAUUUUAUAUUAUUCUGCCAUUUUCAUGCUUAGGCUCAGGGUUUCCAACCUUGGAAAUGGAGGGAAGAAAUCAAACUACAAACACUAAUAAUAAUCCCAGUGGAUGUAGGGUGAAUCUCUUGGAAGGUGGUAAUGGAAUAACAGGAGCCAAACGAUGAGAAAAUAACACGGCAAUAAAUCCAAGGACGACACAUGAAAUCACUAAUGACAAGACUGCACCAUGAGCUUUCUAAUGGAAACAUAUGUGAACAAAUUAAAGCUAAGCAUAUCAUGUCCACCUCUCUGGAGGCUGAGUGGAGAACUUUAAGGAGCGCUGAGCCAUUGUUCAGCCAGUUCUGUCACAGAUGAAGAUCAUAUGCUGUAGGGAUACCUACGGCCCACUUGAAGCGGUUUCAAGGACACUCUCAUUGGACUAAAUCAAGUUAAUUUGAAUCCCUCCUAACUCUCCUGGGUCUGGGGCCGCGUUGAAAUGGACGCCCUUAGCGACAUGCCUUUUUUUUUUUCAUUCCGGUCGACUUCAGAGGAAGCUGCUCAGCUAAUUUGUCCAAGAGCUAUUUCACAAGGAACACGGGCUGUCAGAGAAAAAGUGUGCUAUCUCUGCACUAGCUUAAAAGAAGAUAUUAUUUCUUCACUCUGUAAUCCUCAGCUCCAGUGGCUCCCUUUUGAUUAGAUUGUCACAUCUUAAACUCUUCCGCAGGGACUUUUUCUUUUGACCAUUGUACUUGUUUAACUAAAAGAGUAUUAGAUGUAGAUUUUUAUCAGCUAAAGAUUAUAGCUACAGACGUGGCAAUACGGUCAUGUAAUGUAUGAUAUUACAACAUGACAAAUGUGCUGGAAAAACCCAUAAAUAUGUAAUUUACUGGUCAAACUGAUCACUCUGGAAGAAUCCCAACGUGCCCCUUCUGUCUUCUGAACCUCAACAUUUGCAUAGCCUUCAGUUAACCUUGUCCAGGAUCUGAUCAUCUCAUCUGACAUUGCUCUGACAACCAUAUCUGACUCAUUUCCAGUAACUAAGGAAGAUGGGAGCAGGGCUCAGCCGCUCCGCAACUCUAUCUCAACCUGACACUGGUCUCA